AUGGAAUCUUUGGUAACUGCGAAACCGUUACAAACCAACGAAUCUAUCACCAUUCUCGGUAACAGCACUGCCCCGUUGGUAUCGGCCAUUCGGGUAUUUUACCCAAUUGUGCUGUUCAUGUCGAUGAUAUCCAGUGGCGAAACUUUCGGCAGAUGUUUCAACACCGAGAAAGGGCUGAGCAUCGACGGCAGCGAAUAUCGCCGACUUCGAAAUAUGAAUAACAGAGGAUGUGCCCUGGAGUGCCGUGACGAUCCAUCGUGUUUCGCCUACGAAUGGCUAGAAGAGAGUGCUGUGUGCUUUUUGAAGGCGCGGUCGCUUAGCGGUGAUCUCGUCAGGAAAGCCGACGCUAUCAUCGGAUUUUGCUUAGAUGACGGGUCAUUUUGCGGUUUCCGUAAAGUGCUUGCCUCACUUGAAGAACUUUCUGGUCUGAUCAAGAAUUUUCACUUUAGACGCGCCGUUAGUCACAUACCUGACCAUAGCGGAAUCGGCGAAGUUCGAGUACCACCAGCCUUGAACUCCAUUUCGCGCUCUUCACUACUGACAAUAAGUGUCAGCACUUGUGAAAAUGCCAAACUGGCCGUCUUGGCAACACAUGGCAAGAACAUCCCCGAAAACUGA